GCAGUUUCCCCGAACUGGUUACUUUCCCUCUUUGACACUAGAGAGAGAAAGAAAAAGCCAGAGGAAGAGAGAGAGAGAUAGAGCAGAGGAAGCGAGAGAGACCCUCAUUAAUAUUUUUUUCUCUCUGAUAUCUCCAUUAUAUAGGCUUCUGCUUCCCUUUCGCUCUCUCUCUCUCUCUCUCUUUCUCUGUUCUCCCGUUCGCCGGAGAGGUAAAGCAAAGUCCUUGUUUUCUUGGAAAUGAAAACGUCAAGAACGAUAAACUAGAAAAACUUGUUCUUUCUCAUUCUUCUUAAUCUUUGUACUUCCAUUUCAAUUACACAUUUUACUCCUUUAAUUACAAUCCUCGUUUUUUCUCUCAAUCUCUUCACCUUCCCUUUCACUUCAAAUGCCAAUAAAUGCUAUAUAACAACCAUUUAUAGUCUAUAGCGUAUCUGUUUGACCCAGCAAUUGUAUGUUGGAACCCUUUUUUUUCUGUUUAAUCUGCAUUCAUUAAUCAAAAUGAAUAGUUUCGGGAUACUCCCUGCCGUUCUGUUCCUUUUGGUUUCCGUUCUUUAUGCUCCUAUCUGCCUUGGGAUUCGCUCUAUACCCGGGAGAGAAAUGAACGGCGGAGGUGAUGGCCUUGAAUUAGGUGGACUCCGAUUCGCUGAGGCGCCGGAAUACCGUAAUGGGGUGGAAUGCCCGGUGUCAGGCAAUAGCCAGUUCGUGUCUACUUGUGACCCUUCUUUGGUUCACGUAGCCAUGACUCUGGACUCGGAGUAUCUCCGCGGGUCAAUCGCUGCUGUUCACUCCGUUCUAAAACACGCUUCUUGCCCAGAAAACGUGUUCUUACAUUUUAUUGCGGCAGAGUUCGAUAUGGCGAGUCCUCGAGUUCUGAGUCAACUCGUUCGAUCCACGUUCCCUUCACUCAGUUUCAAGGUUUAUAUAUUCAGAGAAGACACAGUUAUCAAUCUAAUCUCUUCAUCAAUUCGUCAAGCCCUAGAAAACCCAUUAAAUUACGCAAGAAACUACCUCGGUGAUAUCCUAGAUCCCUGCGUUGACCGAGUCAUUUACCUAGACUCGGAUGUGGUUGUUGUGGACGAUAUACACAAGCUCUGGAAUACAACCCUUUCUGGGUCAAGAAUCAUUGGCGCACCUGAGUAUUGCCGUGCAAAUUUCACCAAAUAUUUCACUGAUGGGUUCUGGUCUGACCCUGUUCUAUCCCUUGUUUUCUCAGCUCGGAAGCCGUGCUAUUUCAACACUGGGGUAAUGGUGAUGGAUUUGGUGAGGUGGAGAGAGGGUAAUUACAGGAGGAGAAUCGAGAACUGGAUGGAGAUACAGAGAAAGAGGAGGAUUUACGAAUUGGGUUCACUGCCACCUUUUUUAUUAGUGUUCGCCGGUAACGUAGAGGCUAUUGACCACCGGUGGAACCAACACGGGCUUGGCGGGGAUAAUGUGAGAGGAAGCUGCAGGUCAUUGCAUCCUGGUCCAGUUAGCUUGCUGCAUUGGAGUGGCAAAGGUAAGCCUUGGGUCAGGCUUGACGGCAAGAAGCCGUGCCCUCUUGAUCAUCUGUGGGAACCUUACGAUCUUUACAAAGGAUACGAGAACUCUAGAGCGAGGGAUCAGUCUCUGGGAUUUUUUAGUUCUUCUCAAUCUUCAACAAUAAUGGGUUACUCGAGUUAUUUGUGAUUCUUUUAAUAUUCUUUUCCAGUUAAACAUCUGAAGAAAUUCAAAUUCUUUCCUAGAUAUGUACAGAUUAGGAAUCUGGAUGGACUGGCACUGGGAAGGAGAUUUGUGAGUUUUUUAGUUGAUAUUCUUGAUAAAUUCAUGUUCUUACAGUUACCGGAUUUCGAUUCCUUAUUUUAGAGUUCCAUUGCUAUGGAACAAUUUUGGUGGGGAUGUAAUGGAAUUAUUGGAAGAGAUAAUGGAAGAAUAAAGUGCUGUUAUUUUCUGUUCA